AUGGGUUGUGUUGUUUGUGGCGGUGCGGUGGCGGUGUGUGGUAGUAGUGUUGGGGUGAAUGGGGAGGACGUCUAUUUCGCAGACUGCGUCAACCUCUUCUCAGAUGCAUCCUGCAGCAUGCCGCGUGGAUCUGCCACGCUUGGAAGACUGCCGCAAACCCGCUAUUGUCUGCGAUCCACCCAAACCUGCGCAGCAGCCCCCGAUUUCCAGGAAGCGUAUUCCUUUGACUGCCAGAAAGACAACAGCUCCAGCAUCAAGAUAUGGACACGCACCACACACUGUUCCCCAGAUACGCCAAACUUUAACGUGACAGUGCGCGCGGGCGAGUGCGUGUUCGCCUUUACCGACACGCGGCCGCCAACGGGCCCCGUGUAUGUGCGCCUGGAGUGCGACGUCGAAGUGCGCGAGAGUGAGACGCGGUCGUUCCUGGUGUCCUUUGGCAUCAACGCCGUGCUCGCCGUGCUGCUGCUCACCCUCUUCUGCUGCCUUCGCCACCGCCUGCCGCACUUGUACGAGACGCGCGUCGAGGAAAUAGAUGACAUCGGAAACCUCGCCCCCAACAACCCACCACAGCCGGGCUACUUUGGCUGGCUCACCACCUCCUUCCGUCUCACGGAUCAGCAGAUGUUUGAGCAGUGCGGGCUGGACGGGCUGAUGUACACACUUCUCUUCCGCACGCUCCUCAAGGCGUUUGCCGCGUGCUUCGUGCUCACUGCCAUCAUCAUAUUGCCCGUCAACGCGCACGGCGGACUUGGCCUCACUGGUGUUGAUGGCCUGUCCAUCGCCAACGUGUCAGACGGCAACCAGAGCCUCAAUGCGCACCUCAUCCUCACGGUCGUGUACAGCGUCAUCAUCAUGUAUGCGCUCCGACACUCGUACAGGAAGUACACCAAGUUCCGCUACCGCUACCUCGCCACAGCGCACGCCAACAACUACGCUGUUCUCGUGCGCGACAUUCCGCCCGAUGUUCCCACAGAUGCAGCCGUUCUCGACUACUUCAGAUCAAUGCACGAGGGAGCCGAGCAGGUGACGCGGUUUGUGGACGUGAAGGACCUCCCAGCCAUCACAAAGAAGCGAAAGCAGGCGCGAAAGCAGCUUGAGCGGGCGCUGCAUAAGCAGGAGCAGGGCGGGGAGGCGACGAUGCGGCGUGGCGGGUGUCUCGGCUGCGGUGGUGACGUUGUCGAUGCAGUUCACCACUGGCAGACGGAACUCAACACGCUCAACGACACGUAUGCGCGGCGGCUGCGCGAGGUAACGGAAUCUCCGUCCUAUCUUCCGAGCGCAAUCGUCACGUUCAAGACUGUCAAGGACGCCACGAUUGCAUCACAGGUGCGCCACUCGCGCGUGCCGUUUACCUGGACGAUUGAUCUGGCGGCAGAGGCCCGCGACCUGCUGUGGUCGAACCUGGCACUGCCCCACACGGCCCGUCUCUCCCGCUCCGUCGCAGUCACCAUCGUCACCAUCAUUCUCAUGAUUGUGUGGACCAUCCCAGUGUCGUUUGUCAUUUCUCUCUUCUCGCUGCAGUCGCUGUCGCGUGUCAUUCCCCAGCUGAAAACCUACGUUGCCAACAGCUCUGUCAUUGGCGGGUUUGUCGAGGGCUUCCUUGCCUCUAUCAUCCUGCUCAUCAUCAUGGCGCUGAUCCCGUCCGUUAUGCGCUGGCUGUCGCAUCUGGAGGGCCACCCGACAGAGAGCUGCGUUGGCCGCGCCAGCACCGUCAAGCUCUUCUGGUUCCAGGUCGUGAACAUCUUCCUUGUGUCUCUCGUCUUCGGCAGCGUGCUGCCGAUUCUUGAUGACCUUCGGGACAACCCUGGGCAGCUGAUUGAUCUGCUUGGCGGCAGCGUGCCACGCACGGGCCUCUUCUUCACCUCGUUCGUCAUGGUCAGGGCGUGUGUUGGGUAUCCUGUGCAGCUGCUGCGGGUGGCGGAAGCGCUCGUGUCGUUUUUCUCGUAUGUCUUCUUCUCCGCAACGCCCGCAGAACGCAACGAGGCGUUCAAGGCGAUCCACUUUGACAUCCCAGCGUACAUCUCAGCGGAUAUGCUUGUGAUUUUGGUUGGCAUGACGUUCAGCAACGUCAACCCCAUUAUCGUGCCGUUCUUCCUGCUGUAUCUUGCACUCGGUUACAUCACCAACCGCUACCUCCUCUUCUUCGUGUACAAGCAGCGAUAUGACAGUGGCGGGCAGCUGUGGCCGCUGAUCUUCAACCAGCUGAUGAUGUGUUUGAUCAUCUCCCAAAUCGCUGUUGCAGCCGUGCUCGCCGUCAAGACAAUGAUCGUCCAAGCGUGCUUGCUGCUGGUGCUCGUUAUGGCCACUGGUGUGUUCUGGUACUACAUGCACACUGGGCGCGGCCAGGUUGGCAAUGACCUUGCGCUGGAAGUGGCCGUGAGCGUGGACUCUCCAAUGCCUUCAGACUUGGCCCGCACAUACAAGCAGCCUGAGCUGAAGGAGGAAGUGGCCAUGAAGCCUCGGCACGGGCCAGCGCGAGCCGCCAAAGUGCACCCGACAACCACGGCGCACGCGAGACCGAAGAAGCAAGCAACGGGUCGGAAAGGUGGAGAGGCAUCCCCGUUGCUGCCAACAAGAGCGACACCCGAUUCUCGGCACCGCACGGGCUCAGACUACCUCCUGUACACCACAAACAACUCGGACAACGCAGCAUCCGAGGCGCAGGAAGCCUGACACCAACACCUCUGCUUGCUUUUUCGUUAAUGGCACACAUAAAUUUCCUCUUCAGUGUGCACUUCAUGCACGUGGAAGCAGAUUCAAGC